AUGAUAUCUCUAGGGCUAAUUAUAUCAGGUUUGGUUAUCUCGACCUUUGUCUCUUUAUCUUGGAUCUUGCAUCCAGGAAAGCUCGAAAGAGGCUUCACUGAUCACUUCCAGCAAUGGCUAGAUUCAAGCUCAUUUGCUUCCUAAAACUUUGCAAGAACGGAGUUUGUAGGAGGAUCAUAUGGUGGAAAAGCAAAUGCUCAAGACAAAAUAAGAAAUCAUCCAGUUAUUUUCAUUCAUGGUCUAACAGACAUUGCAGUGGGUACAGUGGGUAUUCAAUAAGGCUUCUCUAGAUCAAUAGAAUAUUUCCUUUUAAAUGGGUACAAAAAAUCUGAACUCUAUGCUACAACUUGGGGUUUCGGAGAUUUGACUGAAAGUGUCGCUUCUGCUGAAACUUUCAACGAGAAAAAUGUGAUGUAUGUUAGAAAGUUCAUUGAAGCUGUGCUUUAAUAUACAGGUGCGGAAAAAGUUGAUGUAAUUGCACAUUCAAUGGGUGGCCCUCUUUCAAGAAGAGCUAUCAAAGGAGGUCAGGUUACUAAUACAAUUGAGAAUUUUAAUGUAGGAUUGGCUUUGACAGAUAGUAUUGAUACUUAUAUUACUAUUGCCUCUCCUCAUUAUGGAGUAUUACAAUGCUAUGGUUAAGGGAAUAAUCCUUCAUUGCCACAAUGUAGUAAUUAGAAUGGAUUUUCACCUGCGCCAAGCUAAUUUCUUAAAGAUCUAAAUGAUGAUCCAACUCGAGAAGGAGAUCAUAUUUAUUCUUUUGCUUCAAGUUAAGAUCAUAUUCUCACUGCUUUAACAUAUGAUGACUUUUCUAAGUAUACGGGAACCUUUCCAACAGUCGAUCAAAGCUACUACUUCAAAACAAGGCCAUAUUCUCAUGAUUGUAUGAAAGACGUGACUGCUAUGCUUCAACUAUAAGCUGUAAAAUUUCACAAUUUUAAUAUUGAUUUUGAUAAAAUGACAGAAAACGGUAAAUACUGUGAACUUUAUCCUUAUUGA